UGUCAGUCUUUUGAUUUCUGACCUGAGUUCGGAUGUUGCAGUGAAUUGGUGGAGACAAGUGGUACUUUCAACGCGCUUUCACAUGAUCCCAACUGCCGUGAAAACCCGCCCCGGCUCGCGGCAGUGACGUCGCUGGAUGCAUCCGAGCGGCUCCGUGCCAUUUCUGGGGUCCCGCACUUAUCGGACCUCGGCAGGCGGCAAGCAGCAUAGUAACAUGUCAAACCGCAGCUACAGUACAGACGUUCAAUCCAGGAGCGGCAUGACAAUGGGAUUGGGAUGAUUCUUCCGACACUGAUCCUAGGUUCAUCUCAUAUACCGUGUGAUACCCGGAUUCCAUCCCCAUAUAAUAAUCAACCGCUCCAUUCCAACUGUGUUGCACCUAAUAUACCUCCCUGACUUGAACCCCGCCGGACGCCACCACCGACAGCGACUUACCUGCGAUUAUAUCCAAGCGCAUCACUCACAUCAAGUUGAGCAACAUGUCGUACUCGAAACCCGUGUUACCGCAAAACGACAAUGUCGCCCACGCCCUCGCCGGCGCCGGGGGCGGUGUCUUGUCGAUGGCUCUAACUUACCCGCUCAUCACGCUCUCUACCCGCGCACAGGUCGAGUCCAAGCGGGCCGAGACGGCCUUCCUGGCCGCGGUGCAGCACAUCGUCGCACGCGAGGGCAUCUCGGGCCUGUACUCGGGCCUGUCGUCGGCGCUGUUCGGCAUCAGCGUGACCAACUUUGUCUACUAUUACUGGUACGAGUGGACGCGCGCCUUCUUCGAGGCCGCGGCCGCCAAGGCCGGGCGCGCGUCCAAGAAGCUUACCACGGUCGAGAGCAUGAUCGCCGGCGCCAUCGCCGGCUCGGCCACCGUCAUCUUGACGAACCCUAUCUGGGUCGUCAACACCCGCAUGACGGCACGGAGAAACACCAGCAGCAGCAGCAGUAGCGGUAGCGACGGAGACGAGAAGGAUGCCGCCGUGGCUGCGGAACAGGUCCUCCCCGGCGGCGCGCCGCCCGCCAAGCCGAAGCGGCCGAGCACCAUCGGCACGCUGCUGAGCCUGCUGCGCAUGGAGGGCCCGCAGGCGCUGUUUGCGGGCGUGGUCCCCGCGCUCGUGCUGGUCAUCAACCCGAUCCUGCAGUACACGCUGUUCGAGCAGAUGAAGAACGUGGUCGAGAAGCGGCGGCGCGUGACGCCCACCGUGGCCUUCUUCCUGGGCGCGCUUGGGAAGCUGUUCGCCACGAGUGUGACGUACCCUUACAUCACCGUGAAGAGCCAGAUGCACGUCGCUAAGGCCGGAGACAAGAAGGAGGGCGUGACCGAGGCCAUUAGGCGGGUUAUCAGGGAGGAAGGGUAUGCUGGGCUGUACAAGGGUAAUUCUUUUCAUCGCCCCCCGCCACUUUCUGUUGUUAGGGAAUGCAAACUGACUUUCUGCAAUUUAGGUAUUGGCCCCAAGGUUACGCAGAGCGUGCUGACCGCUGCCUUCCUUUUCGCCUUUAAGGAUGUGCUCUAUGCGUAUUCUGUCCGGCUAAGGAGCACCAUGGCGAAGAAGGCCAUCGCUCCAUAGACGGCGGCUGAACGAUAGCACGGGUGACAAAACUAACACACGCACUCUCGAGAUGGAAAUCUUGAAACUCGUGUGAAGUUUCAUCUAGGAUCUAUCACGCCCAACCAAGAAACAAUACUAGUAGUUCUUUCAGAGGUGGAGUGGGUGGGAUGGGAGUUUUGACGGAGGUGACCACCAUGCGGUCGAGAGCACUGUGUGGUGAAUACCUAAUCUUGUACACAAGUUUUCCGAGAAUGUUGAGGACAGGGCAGGCGCAUAGAGUUGAACGGCAGCAA